UUUAUCCGGCCAUAGGUUUAGUUAUUUGUUCCGUUUGGAUUAUCAUUAUUGGGCUUCAAAGUUUAGAAAAGCCCAAUUACUAACUAAUUCAGUUGCUAACCGUAUAUAAAGGAAGUAGAGAGAAUUUCGGGAGAGUUGAUUUUAUUUCUGGGAAAGAGAGAAAAAAAGGUACCUUGAGUGAGAAUGUCCGACGCGGUGCUGAAGAAGGGAGAUAGUAACACCUUGAGUGAUAAGGAACUCGAUGCUGCUGUUCUACCACCAGACCAGCCGUUAAAUGAAUUAACACCACCAAGUUAUGCUGACAGUAACACAAUGAGUGUUAAGGAACUCGGUGCUUCUCUACCGCCACCACCGCCGCCGCCGCCGCCGCCGACCUACAAGCCAUCAGCACAAGGUUUUGUUGACUUUUAUCCACCACCAUAUCAGGAUCCUUUCACUGAUUGGGGACCUCCUCCCUCCGGCCGCAUCAGUUGGAGUCCAGUGGCCAUAAAAUUGCCUUCUACUUCUAUUCUUCUACCGGAACCCAAACCGGGCAAGCGGUCGUUAUAUAUGCAGUCACCAACUCCAUCUGACUUGGUAUAUGGAAGAACCUAUUACCAUACGUACACUCCGAGUCCAACUUAUAGUCCCACUGCCCCUGGCGGUUACAGUUACUCUCAAUCUCAGGAUGCUAUGCACGCCAAGCCACUGCUCUUUGCUAAAAUCGCACUCCAUUGCUACAAUCUCGAAAAGGGGACACACUUUGAACGUUUGGGUCUGCCUCGAGAUUAUGACCAGACCUUAGAGGCAAGGGAUCCAGCACGCAAUUACACUUGCAGGUUUGAAACAAACGUUCGGCUUGCAACUGAGAAUAAAGAUUGCUUCCAUGUUGUCACAACCCGCUGCAGGCCCUUGCCCCCACCUCCUCCUCCAGGGGAAGAUGGAUUCCAAUGUGGAUUUGACACACUCUCCGUGGAUGAGCUUUUCAAAGGCAACAUGCCCGAUUGGUUGCCUGAUGACUAUGCCACUAGUACGCUGCUGCUGCAAUACUACGAGAUGAAAGAAUCAGAGGUGGAACAAGCCAAAGAAUGGCUUCAUCUUUACGCUGAACUAGCCUUGUACACCAAGAAGCAGACGGACCCGUUCAUGUUUGAGCGUUCAAAGCCCCUGGAGCUCGGAAAGGUUGUUGUGCAAACCAGAGGAGUUGUCGACUCUCUGAAAGAGGUCGAGCUGUUGGAUAAUGCAGUCUUCUUCAUAACCUUCAAAACAAGUUGCGGUGAUGUCUGGAAAGGUAUCAUCAGGAGGACAAGCGAUGGGAUUCCAGAGCAUCUAUCCCUUGAAGCCAAGUGCUUCAUGUGAUGUGAAGAGUCUCUUCUGAGGUUGACUAUGAGAGAAAUUAUAAACGUUUGUAGUUUUCUAUCUACGCUAGCAAGUAUAUCUUAUAAGGGCCUGACCGGUUCAAACGCAGCGGUUGCGGUUGCGGCUGCGGGCGUUUGCGGAUGCGGGUGGUUGCGAUUUCUAGUAGUUUUAAGAGAUUUGUACGACUGGUUCUGUGGUUAAAAAUUGAUGCGUUUGCGGGAUAAUUAUGACUGGUUAACUACCAAAUACAGCAGCGGUUAAAUAAUAAAUUAACAAUAUUUACAUUUUAUAUAAUUAUAAAAAUAU